AUGCUCAUAGCAGUGGAAAACAGACAACCUCAUGUCUUGCAAUUGUUGCUAAAAAGCAAAUCAACAAAAAGCAUAGAUGAUUUGUUGCACUGUUUGGAUAAUGAAGGAAACAGUGCAUUACAUCUUGCUGCAAUGCUUAAAACUUAUCAACCUUGGCUUGCUCCAAAUGCUGCACUUCAAAUGCAGUGGGAAAUCAAGUGGUACAAGUGCAUUAAAGAGCAUCUACCAAAACAUUUGGUGGCACACCAAAACAACGGGGGCAAGACCGCACAAGAGAUCUUCAUAGAGACACACAGUGAGCUAGUGCAAAAUGACACAGAGUGGCUAAUGAAAACCUCAGAUUCAUGCACCAUCGUAGCAGCACUCAUUGCAACUGUCGCCUUUGCCACGAUGGCAAGUGUGCCAGGUGGCACUGAAAGCAAUGGGGAUCCAGUUCUCCAAGCACAUCGCAUGUUUAAGGUAUUUUCCACGUCAUCACUUGGAGCGCUCUGCUUUUCACUGACAGCAGUGGUAAUGUUCCUCGCCAUUCUCACUUCUCGACAAAAAGCAAAAGAUUUCGGUAAAGACCUGCCGACAGAGCUCCUCAUAGGUUUGACUGCGCUCUUCUUAUCCAUAGCUUCAGUGUCGGUGUCUUUUUGCGGCGGAUAUUUUUUGGUGCUCAAAGAUGUGGUGAGAGACGCCAAGACUAUUGAAUAUGUUGUGGCAGUUAUACCUGUGAUAGCUUUUUCUGUAGCACUGUUUCCACUAGUUUAA